AUGCUGUUGGCCUUCCUACUCAAUUUCCUGAUCUGCGCCGGCAUAUUAAGCCAUAGCGCAAUCGUGCCUGCCCAUUCAAUAGGCAACGCCUCUUGGCCGUACCAGACGUACAAGACUGUAGACUCCACGCCGCCAUACCUAGCCAUCUCACGACAGAUUCCAGUAUCAGAUGAAUACCUCUUCUUCGCUCCUGAUGGCGCCACAGACUUCGAGAUGGCUCCUUUGAUAAUGGACAUGAAUGGUGAGCUUGUCUGGAACGGCCCCACUACCCAUGCCUUCGGUUUCGGUGCUCAGCAAUAUAACAACGAGACUGUCCUUGUCUGGUGGAACGGUACGGUCUACCCUGAGCCAAUCGGUCGAGGUAAUGGUGUUGUUCAUGUGGUCGACAAGCACUACAAUAUCAUCAAGAAUGUCACACUGCGGGGCCACUUCCUGGAACAAGUACCAAACGCCACUUUUGCGAGCAACAUAGAUUUGCAUGAGAUUUUCAUCACCAAGCAAGGUACUAUGCUUGUUACCGCGAACAACGUGACACAAUCAGAUCUCCGUUCCGUGGGUGGCUCACGGUAUGGCUGGGUGGUCGCUGCUAUGGUAUACGAGAUCGAUAUUGCGACGACUCAGGUCCUCUUCUCUUGGAACAGCCUUGAUCAUCUGGAUGAGCUCCCAUUCAGUCUCUCUCUCUACACGUUAGGGAGUGAAGGCUACACUGGUGAGAACCAGUCUUUGGCCUGGGGAUACUUCCACAUCAAUGCCGUGUCGCCAUAUGAUGGAGGCUAUAUCUUGAGCUCCCGCUUUCUAUGCAGUGCCAUUGCUAUUGGGGCGGACGGCAACGUCAAAUGGAGACUACAAGGCAGAGAAGGAGGAGAUUUCAUUCUUGGUACUGGUGUCGAUUUCUGCUACCAGCACGAUAUCCGUGCUAUCCCCGAGCAGCUUGGCAGUAACAAUUCUACAAUCAUGUUACAUAUGCACGACAACCAUAACUCUCCGAUCGAGAACAACACUAUUCAAUCGUCAGGAAAGGUACUGUCUGUCGAUCUUGAGAAGAGACAUGUCACACUCCAGCAACGUUACCUCAACGAGUCGGGCCCGAUUUACUCGACUGCACAGGGCAAUUAUCAAUCCCUUGCAAGUGGCAACGUCUUCAUCGGUCAUGGCUGGAUACCAGUCCUUGAGGAGUUCUCUCCUGCUGCCGAGAUCUUGACGACGGUUCAAUUUGGCGCGGCUGAAGCACGAGCAGGAGGUGGCUUUGUGAGCAACCUCAAGCCAACACUAUCCUAUCGAGCCUUCAAGCAGCCAUGGAUCGGCUGCCCAAUGACCAGGCCAGAUCUGGUUGCUGAGAGAUCUCCAAAUGGCACAGCGGUCUACGUGAGCUGGAAUGGCGCUACAGAAGUCGAAGCUUGGGAUUUCUUUGUUGGAAACGACACACACUUGACGCAUGCCAAGACUGUACCGAAACAAGGCUUCGAGACGAUGGCAUUGCUGGACCCUGUGGAGUUCGUGUUGAUGCGUCAGGACACGAUCUACAUGGUAUACGAAAAGAUGCGCCUUGGCCUGUUUAUCACGGACAGGGUCGGUCAUGUUCUCGACGUCGAACGAAUCGAAAGGGAGGUUCAAACCUUGCACGGCACUAUACCCCGUCUCCACCGCCACCGUAUCCGGCAUCUUGAGAUCGGACUCAAGAACUUCACCGACUGCUUACCAGCUCCAGCUUAUCGACGGACUCACGGCCGUGCUGUCGCCAGACCACCCGUCGUGAAGUGGGAAGCCCAGAGCCUCUUUGAGAGGCCGGUCUUGCGCCUCGAGAACAGUCUGAAGCUGCUUGCCCGACUACCACCCAACGUAGACGGUAUCACUGUCCAUGGUCCGCCUCCGUUCUGGCUUUGUGGUAUAGAAGUGGAGAGAGAUGUACUCUUCGGGGAGGCAGCCCUGGCGGGAGGAUAG